AUGGUGCUUUCGUUAGAGGAUCGCGAUGUUUAUUACAAAACACUAGAGUUCCUGAAGUGUCACGAUCCCCUUGUUAUCCCUCUACAGUUAUAUAAAAGUGGUAAAUCUUCAUCUAAGUUUAUUCCCCCCAUAGAGAAAUAUCAUUUGAUUCUCUAUCUGGUUUAUGAACGCGAUGUUACUGAGAGUGAAAAACACGAGGCACAUAAAAAUCUUCAUUCGGAACAGUAUCUAACAAACACUUUUACUGACAAAUUGCUAGUGUUUCCACUUUCUAGUGGUGUUCUGAUAAUACGCACCCAUGUCACUCAUUCACAGUCCCUUUCAAAUAAACCUGCAAGGCCUUGGGUUGCUCUUCACCCAACUGGAAAAGUUCUUCGUGCUUUUUGUGAUUGUGCUGCUGGGCUGGGGAGUGUGUGUAUCCAUGUUAGUGCCCUAUUACAAUUGGCAGUAUCAGCCAAAAAAGAUGCCUCAACCAUUGCUGAUGAUAGUGUUGGGAUACCGGUCACAUCAUUACCAUGUUCUUGGAACAAGCCUGGGAAAGGACCAGUAACAAUUGGGAAAAUUUCUGAUUUAAAUGUACACAGUCAUAGAAAGAAAGAGGUUUUAGUUAGUGAUAUUCCCGAGGUUACUAAUGAAGAAUUGCAACGUACAAAUGAAGCUCUCGCAAAACUAAAACAGUUGCCUGUUGUGCUGUCAUGUGUACUUGAGUAUGCAGAUUCAUUUCAGCCACCAGCUGAAACAAAUAUCUUACCGAAGGUACUGAGUGAAAUGUACAAUCCUCAAUUAGAAGAUAAAAAUGAGAUGGAAGUAAACGAAGAGUGUGAAAGACUAGUUACAGAAAUACAAACUACUACCGAAGAACAGCGUUCAGUCGAGAUUGUUACUAGGAAUCAAAGUGAAUGUGAAGAAUGGGAACAACAGCGAAGUGGCAGGAUAACGGGAACCAAGAUACACCGUAUCCGAAAAAGAGAUCCAUAGAGAAGUUAUUGGUGGUGAACUACAGUUUCUUUUAGAAAUGUGUUAUCCUGAACUGGUUACAUUUAACGGAAACACCUACACAAGGAACCGAAUAAUUUACAAUGAUAUUACAUAUAGUUUUGAAUUUCUUUAUUUUGUAUAGAUAUGGUCAACGAAAUGAGCCAAAAGCUGUUUCUCUACUGGGAAGUACAAUUAUUGCUACGAAGACACACAACAACUUUCAAUGCGAACCUGUGGGUUUGAUUAUAUUAAAAAGGACAAAAAAUCAAGGAGUACGCCAAGAAGAAUAAAGGUUUCUGCUUAUUGUUUGAUGAAAGUACCAAUGAACUGCGCCUAGAUACAAAUCAUGAGUAUUACUCUCAGGUUCAAUUACAGCUUUUUGUAACAGAGCUGUCUCUUGCACUUUUUGUUGUAUUUAACGGAAACAAGGAUAUCGAAUACGUUUCAGUACAAAGGAAUGAAGAUGUAAUUGCAAUGAUGGUAUCUAAAGGCAAACUUUACUUUGUUAACUUCAUUCUCCCUGAACUCGUCGCAAAACGAUAUACGUCCGUGAAGGCAGUUCCUCAAACAUCAACUUCACGUCAACAAAACGCGCUCAGUGAUAAGUUAAACCAAUUUAUUUGUUAUUGUCAAGAUCCAGUAAAAAAUGAAGAAACAGUAAUGUGUGCAAGUACAUUCUGUGUUAUUCACGAAUUCCACAAGACCUGUACCGGAUCAAAGAGAAUAACUGAAAGUUGGUUGUGCACAUUCUGUAAAAAAGAAACUGCUGCAAGGAAAAGAAAAAGUGGAAGAAACAAUCAGCUAGUUGGUGCAAAUUCCGUUGAGUUGGUUGAGCCAAAUAGUUUUGGAGAUGUAGUGGUUGUUGUUGAAAAUUUUGAAUCAAUGAAUGCAGUCGAAGUAGUUGAAAUAUCAGAUAUCAACUUAAAUCAACCUCAACGAGUGAACGACACGAUGAAUGAAUGUGAAUCUCCAUCAUGUUACAUAUCUAAAGUUCCUGAUAACACUUCAAGAAAGAAACAAUUGAAAUCCAAAGCAAAGUGUAAUGACGCAAAUGUCCCACCACAAGCAAUGGUAAUGCCGAACCCUUGUAGGAAAAGAGGACGACCAAAGAAGAGUAUUGAAAAUGGGAAAACAGAAAGUGAUGUUGUCAAUCUAAGUCAAUCAAUUCGUCCUAAUGUGUGUUCUGUUCCUGAUUAAGUCUCUGAUAUUACUCCAAAUGUUCUCAGUAAUGUAAGCCGCUUCGGUAGGGUAAGAAAAGCAAUGCGUGUGU